AUGCGCUUCACCACCUUCUUCGCCGUGCUCGCGACCGCCGCCACCGUCUCGGCGACGCUCGACCCGUGCACGACCAACACCAAGGGCAAGGUGCCCAAGAGCCCGGCGUGCUCGCCGACCAAGCAGUCGACCAACAUCCAGGCGGCCGAGUGCUCGCACAACACGCGCGUCAGCGGCAAGCAGACCUUCGCCGUCUGGACCCGCACCAAGACCAACUCCAACGGCAUCUCCUACGGCACCUGCAAGGCCUAUACCUGCACCGCCCCCACCUCCGGCCAGCUCACCACCAACGUCGACGGCUGGACCUUCUUCUGGAACGAUAACGGUUCGUCCUCUGGUGUCGGCACCGGCUGCGUCAGGGAGCCCAACACCACUGAGUGCGGCUGCCAGAACUCCACCGGCGAGUUCGUCGUUGGCAGCACCUCUUGCAAAUAG